AUGGCUCGACGGACGUGGCAUAUGUUUACAUUGAUAACGAUAUUUACGAUUUUAUCACACGCAGGAGAUGUUUUUUCGUCUACGGCAGCACCAUGGUAUGAGAAUCUACCAGCAGUCACAAUGGAUUAUAAGGUCCACAUAGAUGCUGGCAAAGAAGACUGUUACUAUCAGUUCGUGCAACCGGGUGCCACAUUUUACGCUAGCUAUCAGGUAUUGAAAGGAGGGGAUGGGAUGUGUGGUUUUGCGGUGCGGCACCCAAAUGGUCAAAUCGUUCAUCCGUACGAGUGGCGGCAGAGCGCUGAAUAUGCAGAUCAAACUAGUUCCGGAGGUUAUUACGCUGUUUGCAUAGACAACCAGUUUUCACGGUUUGCCGGAAAGCUAGUGAAUUUGUAUCUGUCGGUGAUUAGAUAUGAUAUGUGGGAAAAAUAUGCGAAAGAAGUGGAAGAAUUGGAUAUGAACAUCAAAAACUUUACAAACUCUAUACAGUUUGUUGAGCGAAAUAUCAAUGAUAUUCUGCAAUAUCAGUACCAUUCCAGAGCGAGAGAGUCACGAGAUUAUAAUCUUUUAGUUGAUAACAACAGCUAUGUUUUAAGAUGGUCCUUAGUACAGAUAUUAGCAAUUGCUGCAACAGGCACGCUACAGGUGUACUUUUUAAGAAAACUUUUUGAAGUCAAAGACAACUCUUCCAAGACGAGAAUUUGA